AUGGGAAAACCAACAGGUUUCAAGGAAUUUGGACGGCAGGGUCCGCCACAACAGCCGGUGGCAGAGCGCAUCCAACACCAUAGCGAGUUCUAUUACAACUGGAGCGAGAAGCAGGCGCGAGAUCAGGGCGCACGCUGCAUGAACUGCGCCGUGCCCUUCUGUCAUACGGGCUGCCCUCUGGGCAACCUUAUCCCGGACUUCAACGACCUCGUUUAUCGCGGCAAAUGGCAGGAGGCGCUCGCCGAACUCCAUGCCACAAACAACUUCCCUGAGUUCACGGGCAGGAUAUGUCCUGCCCCCUGUGAGGCCGCCUGCGUACUGAACAUCAACCAGGACCCGGUUACAAUCGAAUACAUCGAGAAGGCGAUUGCCGACCGAGGUUGGGAAGGGGCUGGAUCAAGCCUGUAG